AUGUAAUCUUGCGAAAGAGGUUUAUUGACAUGCUUAAGCUAUAAGUCAGAUGACCUAGGAGUACAAGAAAUAGCCCCUUUUAACAAAACAGUUAAGUAUUUCAAUAAAACACUCUCAGAUGGAGAUGGUAUUAAAUUUGCAAUUAGCAAUUAGGACUCUAAAUAAAAAGCGUGGGUAGAAAUUUAAAUAUCAAGCGAGAACAGCUAAACUAAACUUGAUACAGCUCCUAGUGCAUUUUAGAUGUACACAUACGACCCUAAUAAUGGAACACUAACAAGUGAAUACAUAUUCUCAAGGACUGGGAAAACAUAUAUAAAACCAUUAAAUUCAUUGUUCUAUUACGCUGCAGCCAAAGAUGGAGCAUACACAUUGCAUGUGACUUACGGAAACAUGAAGAAUUCUAUGGUCUUAAUAUACUCUGGACUGGCGUUAAUGGUAACUAGCUUUAUUUUUGUAUUUUGA